UAAAACCAUGUCACUUCCAAUUCUGUAGUAGUACUUUACUUCUGCAACCAAACUUAUCCUUUUUAUCACUUCUAAAGUCUCUCUUUCACUAAUUGUUAAUUACAAUAUGGUGGCUGCUAUUUAAUCAAAUUAAUUAUCUUCUGUGACACGCUCAAAACAAAAGAUUGAUUGGUUCUCUAUUUGUGAUUGCGUAAGAGUCCUCAGAAGCAAGCCAGGACCAUGUGUGAAAAGUCUGAAGAAGUUAGCAGUACUGAGUGGGUAUUCAUAAAGAUGAAUGAACAAGAAGAAGACCUAAUUUAUCGGAUGCACCGACUGGUUGGAGACAGGUGGGAUUUGAUAGCUGGACGGCUACCAGGGCGAACAGCAGAUGAAAUAGAGAGGUUUUGGAUUAUGAGACAUAGCCAAGUAUUUGCUGAGAAAAGAAAGGAGCAGCAGAAGGCUUUGGCCUUGGCCAAAAAUAAUUCAUAAUGAAUUUCCCCCCACAUUUAUGUUCUUGUUGGUAUAUAUAUAAUAUAAUUCUUAAUUAUUACCUUCGAUCUUCUGCUAGCUAGUUCAUUGCUUGUGGUGAUCAUAUUCA